UUUCUUGCUAUAAAAAUGGCUUAUUUUCAACAGAAUUGCUUAAGCUUAAUUUCCAUGGAAGAAGACUAUUUUUUCAUGCUUUCAUUUCUUGUCUUGCCUUUUCUGUAUUUGAUUUACAAGAUUUUCAAUUCAUACAAUCCACCACUUCCUCCAGGGCCAAUUCCAUGGCCAGUUUUAGGCAACUUAUAUUACAUAAAAACAAUGGAUCAUGUCAGAUUAGCCAAUCUUGCGACAAAGCACGGCCCCUUGAUGUUGCUUAGAGAAGGACUGCAGUAUCUGGUUAUUGGAUCAUCAUCAACUGCUGCUAUAGAAAUCCUCAAGACGAAGGAUCGAGUAUUUUCUGCGCGAGCGGUUCCGAAUGCUGUGCCGUUGACGAGGUCAGAGAUCGACCAGUUAUCGGUCUGGGCAGACGCUUCAUGCGAGAACUUUAAAAAUAUACGAACAAUGUGUCGAGCCGAGCUUUUUUCAAGUAAAGCAUUGGAGUCGCAAGAAGUUUUGAGGGAUAAGAAAAUAAUGGAGAUGGUGGAGUUUUUUAGGGCAAAGGAUGGUUUGGUGGUGAAUUUUGAUAAAUGUGUUUAUGCAACUGUUGUUAACAUGUUCACUAAUGCUUUCUUUUCAAGAGAUUUGGUUAGGCUGGAGGAAGAGGGUUCGGAUAAUCCUGUGAAAGGUCUUCUAAGAGGGAUUAUUGGAGCAAUCGGAGCUCCAAAUUUGUCGGAUGCCUAUCCAUUUUUGAGCAAGUUGGAUCUUCAAGGUAUGAGAAAGAAACAUAGAGAGCUGUCGAUGAGGGUUCAUGCCCUGUGGGAGCCUAUUGUUAAAGAAAGGAGGAAAAGGAGACGGGGCGGUUUGAGCCAUCAAGAUUUCUUGGAUACGCUUCUCAACAAUGGUUUCACCGAUUAUCAAAUCCACAAAUUACUCGAGGAGUUGGUUACAGCUGGCAUAGAUACUACUACCUCGACAAUCAACAGGACAAUUGUAGAACUUAUAAACAAUCCAGAGUCCAUGAAGAAACUUCAAGAAGAGCUGGAUACAGAAUUCAAUCAAGAUUUGCUAAAAACGUCGAAUUUAGCACAGUUACCUUAUCUUCAAGCCUGUGUUAAAGAAACCUUGAGGUUGCACCCUCCUGCACCACUGAUGCUUUCUCAUCGAGCACUUGAAACCUGUCAAGUGAUGAAUUACACCGUUCCUAAAAAUGCUCGAGUACUCGUAAAUGUUUGGGCAAUCGGACGAGAUCCAUCUACAUGGGACAUGCCAUCAGAAUAUAGGCCAAACAGAUUUCUCAACUCAGCUUUGGAUUUUAAAGGGAAUGAUUUCGAGUUCUUACCUUUUGGUGCAGGAAGGAGAAUCUGCCCGGGUCUACCCAUGGCUACCAAAAUUGUUCCAGCAGUUAUUGCUUCGUUGGUUUAUUUUCUCAACUGGUCUCUUCCACAGGGAAAUGAUCCUGCCAUAUACGAGAAGCUUCGAGCAACUUCGGAUCUGAUAGAACCUCUGCUCCUUAUCCCCAAAUCUAGAAAAUGAUGAUAAUUUGUAUGGCUAAGUUCUCUGUAAUAUUCAACAUGAAGAAGGCAUUUAAUCAUAAGUAUCCUAUCAUUAAAUCCAUGAGAGACCAUUCCCUAAAAGGCUACUUGUAAAAAAAUUAUUGUAUUAAAGCAUGAUCAUUGUCGAAACUUUUACAUACACCGCAUGUAAAAUGCAGAUAAGACAAUGAAAAUCAUGAUUAUUUAUGAA